AUGUCGAGUCUGCGUCCAGGAUCCAACAAUCAUACUGGCCUUAACUUCCCCCAGGCCAGUAUUCGUCGGAACCCGUAUCCUCCUCCUCACCCAGGCCAGCAGAGCAAACAAUCCCCCGCGCCUCAUGCCGCGUCUCCAUAUCAGACACAGGCAUAUCAGCCCCAACAACCGCCUACUGGAUACCCUCAGCAUCUCUUCUCAAACCCGACGCACGUGAAUGGUAGUCUUUCCAAUGGCUCGUCGCGUUCUUCCACCUCACACAUGUCUAGUGCGGUGCCUAGUCCGCUCGACGUGUCUAGCACGCGGGGUGUACCGCAAUCACGCUCUCAGAUGAUGUUUCCUACUUUGGGACAGGUUAUGCCUAAUCAGCUACACCAUCCCCAGCAGCAACAGCAGAUGCACCCUCAGCACCUGACUCAUCCUUCUCAUCCUCUGAAUCAGCCUCGACAAACUCUCCACCAGCACCAUGCUCAGCAGUCCCCUCAGCAGCGGCCCCAAUCCCAACAAGCUCAGCCAACGCCGAAGCUUGGUCAGGUUCAGGUGAAAUCCCAGGCCCCUUCGCCUCCGCUGCCCCAGCAGCCCAGUCAGCAACAGGCUCAGACGCACCAGCAGCUUCAGCAACAGCUGCAACAACAACAACAGCAGCAUCAUUUGCAACAGCAGCAGCAACUUCAGCAGCAGCAACACCAGCAGCAGCUUCAGCAACAGCAGCUGCAACAACAGCAACAGCAGCAUCACCAACAACAGGCGCACCAACAAGUUCACCCGCAGCAGCAUCAACAACAACAACAACAGCAGCAGCAGCUACACUCUCAGCAGCAACAACAACAGCUUCGCACCCCUCAACAGGAGCAGCAGCAGCUUCAGCACCCACAGCAGCAUGAACAGCCGAGGGCCCAGUCACUCCAGCAGCCGCCACCACCCCGGCAACAGAAACAGCAGAAGCAACGUGAGCAACAACGAGAACAGCAACGCGACCAACAGGCCCAGCAGCAGCAAAUUCAGCAAGCCCAGCAAGCCCAGCAAGCCCAACAGGCGCAACAGGCGCAACAGGCGCAACAGGCUCAGCAGGCUCAACAGGCGCAACAGGCUCAGCAGGUCCAACAACAGGCUCAGCAGCAGGCUCAACAACAGCAAAAACAACAGCCCCUUCCUGCAGAGCCGGUCCCGCAACCGCAGGUCCAGCCACAGCAACAGAAGCAAGAUACCAACGGAGAUGAAUCGAUGGACGUUGAUAGUCAUGCAAAUGGUGAGGAGGCUGGGGGUUUGGAUAUGAAGAUGCUGGCAGAUCCUAACUACAUCCCCUCGCAACCAUUGGGAGAGAUGAUGUCACCACCCCCGGAGGGAGGAAGCUAUCCCACUCUCGAGGCUGUCCAGAAGGCUGUUCUUCGAUAUUGUACGUCUGUCGGUUAUGCUAUUGUCAUCGGACGCUCGAAGAAGACGGUACCUGGAUUAAAGAAGGUGCUGUUCGUUUGUGAUCGCGCUGGUAAGCCACCCAGUCGUGUGAGCCCUGAGUGCCGAAAGCGAAAGACUUCUUCCCGAAAGUGUGAUUGCCCAUUUGGGUUUUUUGCUAUAGAGCAGCGUACACAGUGGACGAUUCGAUACCGUCCGGAUCCUUCUCAUCUCCAGCAUAACCAUGGGCCAAGUGAGAGCCCAUCGCAUCACCCGGCGGCACGUAAGCUUGAUAGUAAGAUGGUUGCCGCUGUGAAGCAGCUCAAGGAAAAUGGCGCUGGCGUCUCGGAGACGCUGCAGAUACUGCAGACCGAAAACCCGGACUGUCACCUUCUGCCACGCGACAUAUACAAUGCUCGUGCGGCUAUCAAUCGCAACCCCCAAAAGGUUGCCACGGAUCUGGCAGAGAACAGGCCAGCUAUAUAUAGCAAACCUCACCAGUCACCCGAAGAUCGGAUACGUGCCGAAUUAAGGCGCGAAAUUGCCAAGGUAAGGGAAGAUAUGCAAAAAAUGGAAGAAGAAAAAGACAAAGAGAUCAGCGAGCUCAAGACAAAACUUGAAGAGAAAGAUGUCACCAUCAAGAAAUUCGAAGAGUUUAUAGACAUCUGCAACGAGCGAGUUAUGUUCCAGCGACAGCGACUGGCAGGAAGCAAUGCCAAUGGGGCCAGCCAACCUCAGGCCUAA